AGAAAACUAAUGGAAAAGUCCUUAAUUGUGAUUGAAAGAAAGUAAAGAAAAAAGAGGAACCAGGGAAUAGAAGAAUCAAAAGUGUGAGAGAAAAACCAUCAUUACUAACAUCACUCACUGGAAGCAGCCCGCAUUACACUAUACAUUGCCCAUAAAACCUAAAUUCCAAACAAAUCAUUACUACUCUCUCUCUCUCUCUCUUUCUCUCUUGGUUUCUCCAGCAAUCUUGCCUCCUUUUUCAACUCCAUAAACUCAAGUUCCAAACACAAAGCUUCCCUUUAUCUAUCUCUAUCUCUCUCUCUCUCCCCCCCAUCUCGCUCUAUAUAUAGUUGAUAAGAAAGAUUUGUUGACAAAAGACAAGAGUUUGGGUUUUUUUUUUUUUGGAAUGGAUAAAGGCUUCAGAUUAGUAACCAGUCUUCUUCUUCUCUCCUUCUUCUUCUCAGGUACAAAAGCAAUUACUGAACCAAUAGAAGAAGAAAAAGACAUAACCACACCAUUAGCCACAAACCCAACCACCACACCAACAACCGUGGUCCCUAACUCCGACUCUGACGCUUCCGCGGUGGCCACAACGCCACUAACGAUUCCAUCGUCACCACACGGUGUAGCCUACCCAGGUGAUCAGAGCUGGUGCGUUGCUAGAGAGAACGUUGCAAAAAUGGCGUUACAAGCGGCUUUGGACUAUGCAUGUGGGAUUGGUGGAGCAGACUGCUCUGAGAUACAAGAAGGAGGAAAUUGUUAUAACCCCAACUCGUUGAGAGCACAUGCCUCUUUUGCCUUCAAUAGUUAUUACCAGAAGAAUCCAAUCCCUAGUAGUUGCAAUUUUGAUGGAACUGCUAUCACUAUCAGUGCUGACCCAAGUUAGUCAUUCUAUCUUAUAUUUCUAGUUAAAAUUUAUUGCAAAAUAAUAUAUGUCUUUUCUAACCAGACCUUAAAUGUAUAAUUCUUCCGGAUCGGAAACAAAUCAGGUUAUUAGUCAAUCUCUCUACCGUUUGUGUUCGAACUUGUGAUUUUGAACUCUUACAUUUUGUAGGAUUAGCUAGUGUACUAGCUAAAUGUUAAAUAUUGAUGUUGCGCUAAAUAAUUUUUAAUGUUACUAGUUGGAGUUUAGUGAUUUUAUCAUAUUGUCAAGUGUAACAAACCGAUAAUAAUAAACUAAUAGUGAUGGUACUUUAGUUAAUUGGUCAAUUGGGAAAACAAAUUAUAGAUCAAUGUAUUAGUUAAGAUGGUGGACGCUAUAGGACGGAGAUCCAAUAAGUAGGAAUAUCUUAUUGACAAAACUAUUAUCAAUAAAUUAAUAGUUUAAAUACACGAAGUUGAACACUACAAACUCAUAUUAAGACUUAAGAUCUGAAAAUAAAUUUAGAAUUCAUUAUAAGAAAACUUUAUACACUCGCUUAUAUAAAAGAGCUUUUUUUUUUUUUGUUGACCAAAUAGUAGCAGGGAUAUAUAGUAAUUUCUGUGUGCAAUGCUAACGGUUUCCACAUGAUCGGGCUACAUAUCUAAACUACAAGGGUUGAUAAUGUUUCCAUGUCAAUAUUUUUCGUCACAUAUAUGUAUGUCGAGAAAGAAUCCAUCUAAAUGAAAGAUUUCUCUCUGUUGACAGGUUUAGGUUCAUGCCACUUUCCAUCUACAAGCACGAGUGAAUCGAUAUUGAACGUAACAAGUGAAGAUGGAUUAGGGCUUUUCGGGAGAAUACCAUCUCAUCCAACUCCCAAGCCUGAAGCUUCAACCUCCUCCUCAAGAACUUUGAUCUCAUUUCUCUACUUCCUUUGCUUUUGUGUUUUAUAUCCACUUGUUAUAACCUUAACAUAGUCAUGUAAUAUAUAAUAGGCAACUUUUUCUAGGCUAAUUCAAGACGAUAGUUUUUUCAGUUCCGAAAGUACCUCACCGUUGAUAUUUAUACAGUAAGUUACUAUUAGUAACCUUGUAUCCAUGAAGUGUAAAGUAUUCAUCCUAAACGAACACCAAGUUCGAAUUCAAACCAAUGCAGAACCAAAC